AUGGCUGCGAGUGCGAGUAGCUUCGACCUGGAAAGAGAGCUUGCGCGUCUUUCCCUCGACACAAACGUCUACAGAGGCUAUAUUGAGGGAAUGAUGGAUGAUGAGGACACUGGAGACCUGGAAGAGCGAGUAGAGGCUGUGCUUGCGUUUUUAGGCGGCGCGACGGAUGAGGACCUAAGUGGGUUUGCGAUUGACUUGAAAACCCACCAUCAACUAAAACACGCGGCGGAGGCGGCCAGGGAGACUAGCUUGAUAGACGCAGAUAAGGCAAAGGAAAGGCGGCGUUAUGAAGAAAGACUUGAGCAAGACAAGAAAGCGGCGAAGACAGAGCAAGACAGACAAGCCGCGGAGCUUAAGUCUCGAACGGAAGGAGAUCGUGCGACGAUGCGGGGGCGAGAAGCUAUUUUGAAUAAAUACGCGUUUGGAGACGACGUUGUGGACGAAGAUGGAAACCCGGUGGGUAAACCAAGGGGAGGAAAAGAUGAUAAGUCGGGUGCCGGCGAGGCGGAUGUUGUUUUGGGUGCUUUACUAGGAGCCAAUUCAAACAAAGCUCAAGUGGAGGCCGCCGCGAAGGCAAUGAGGGAGAAGUCCAAGGCGGAGCACGAGAAGAAGGUGUUGAGAGAGAAGCACCUCACCGGAAUCCAGCGCUUCGCUACCUUGCACUGA